AUGUCUUCUUCCGAUCAUCUCGAGAACCGUCUGCGAAAAGAGCUGUACAGGGAAAUUUCCAUUGUAGAAAGUUCACACGCACGACCCUCAGAAGGACUGAUUCAAGAAAGGGUUCGCUACUAUGGAAACAAAUGCUACGAGGCGAACCAAAUGAUCCGACAGGCACGCUAUGAGUACGCAUCACUGAGAUCCGAUAAGGAAGACCUUUUUAAUAGAAGAGGCGGAGCGUUUCACUACUUAGUGAAACUCAAGCAGCUGGCAGCAUCACACCGUCAGCAAAGAAAAGAGCUCGUCACCUUCACGGAACUGUUCGUCCUAUCGCAUGAGUGGUACGAGAUGCUGGUAACCGCGGACGAAGUGGAAGAACUCUCCAGACUCGAAUUCCUUAGCAAACUGGGAGAAGAGGAGUACGUGGAGCCAACAGAACCUGGAGACCGAAACUACCCGGAACCAGUUAAAACAUACCGAAGCUACUAUCAAAAGGACGUGACCAGAAUGAUUAGGCAUCAAUUCAUCAAAGUUGAUGCCCUACUCGAAGAAGAACAGGAGGCGUGUGAAUUCGCGAAGGCAGAGACUAGGAGAAAUACCACACUGGAAGACGAGGCGUUGCGUCAAAUGCGUGAAUCAUUCAGUGAUUUGCAAGAUGAGAUACGCCGACAGAAUGAAGACAAGACGGAAUGGAUUGAGACUGUAAGGGAUAGCUACUAUUCGUUCAUGGAACAAAACAAAAGAAAUGUGGAGAAUUCUAAACCAAUGGCAGCGAAACUUAAAAGAGUAGAGGCAAACCAGAAGGAGAAUAUCACUCAAAUGACGAGAUACAUGGACGAAUGCCAGCACCUAGCCACAAAGAUCGAAGAAAAAUUGAUGGAAUUACGUAGUCGGGAAGAAGAGAAGCAAAUGGAGCACGAUCGCACUAGUCCCGGCUGUUCAAGAACGGGAUACAAAAAGAAACACUAUGGAGUAGACAAACCCUACUGCGGAUAA